AUGCUUCCCACGUCUUUCGCGCAGAUCCAGCAAAAAAUCUCUGCGCAGCUGGGCCAGCCAGUCGACCACAUUUUCAGAAAACUGGAGUCUGACUCGAUCGCUGUCGCAUCAAUAGGACAGGUUCACCGAGGUCAAUUGAUUAACGGUCAACCUGUCGUUGUCAAAGUUCAGCACGCUUCUAUUGAGAAAUUGAUCAACCAAGAUAUGCUGAUACUUGAAACUAUACUAAGAGUUUAUGCAAAAAUAGACAAUAGCUUUGAUUUGCAAGCAUUGCUUGCAGAGUGGAAAAAGCAGGCUGAUUUAGAAUUAGAUUUUUUAAAAGAAGCGAAAAAUCAGCAACGAGCUCGCAAUAACAUGAUAACAGCAGAACUGCCUAUCAUAAUUCCACGCGUGUACAUGAGCUUAACUACAAAACAAGUAAUGGUUCAAGAAUACAUUGAAGGCUUCAAAAUAAACGACCUCAUUCAGCAAAAGAACAAUGGAAUAGAUCUCCAGACUGUUUUUGUGAGCUUGCUAGAAGCAUUUUGCCAUCAGGUUUUCAUUAACGGUUUUUACCACGCCGACCCACAUCCUGGCAAUAUUCUAAUUAACGUCGACCCGCUCACACAAGAAGCUAAGCCGGUUUUGCUAGAUUGGGGGCUGGUCAAAAACAUUUCUGACAGCUACCGAUACGGUUAUUGCAAAUUUAUCAUCAGUUGCGCUACAAUUGAUCUUCUCGGCUUGAUUGAUGCCAUGGCACAUCUUGGCUUUGAAUUCAAAGUUAUGGAUCAAGCUUUGCCGGCAAAUCCAGAAAUCUAUCUAGACCUGUUUAAAGCUUUGCUUUCUACGCCUAAUAAUAACAACACUGAUUUGAAACUGAUAACUAAAGAUCAAAAAAAACAGAUGUGGAAGGAUUACAAAAUCCACAUUAUUUCACAGAAUUCUGAAAGUUCUAAAAUAUUUUUGCCCAUCGAAGAACCCUUAUGGAAUUUAAUUGAUUCAAAAGAUAAAAUUCUUACUUUAUUGGAAGAACUUCCAGCGCUUUGGAUGCAUACAAAUGUUGAAACUUCUAAUCCAUCAAAAGCAAUAGCAGCAAGCAGCAUAGUCUUUGGACAUAACGGUGGAAAAUUAAUAUUGUGCCACGGAAGUCCGAUAACUGACGAAGAAAUUAUUAAAAAAAUACCUAAUUCUCAAAUUCCCCUUGAAAACAGUAAUGAUAUUACCAAUAUUCUCAGAUCACGUUCCAAAUUCUGUUUAACAAAACGAGCUAUUCUUCCUCAUCAGCACAUUAGUUUAGAUGUCAUUAUUGCUACUAAUGAGCCAAAUAUUCCCGGAUUUGCCGACAUGGGAGAGUUAGCAAGUGGUACAAAUGGACAGUUAUUUUAUUAUCAGCACUUUAAUCCCCAACUUCAUUACGACCAAAUGAUUAAAGAUUUAAGCACUUAUUUCGCAUCAAUUACCGGUUGGGAAGCUGCUCUACGUGCAAGAAUAAGCACAGGUUGGAUCGUUAAUGCUCAUCAUAGUUUUAAUACAGAAAAUUCAAUAACUAACAAUUCGGUGUCUAGUGUAAGCGGAAAAGUCCAGUCCAACAAUAUGGUCGCUUUAAAAAAUGAAGGUAAAAAGUUGCCGAUCCUAAGUAAUGAAGACGAGGAGCAUUCCGAGCUAAACAUAAGUUCUGGUCUAGCUUCAAAUAAAUCUGAUUGGGACUAUUUUUCAUUUCCACCAACCAAUAAAGUAUCUGUUCCAGAACCAAAACUAACAAAUAGACCUGAAAUUACUCGGCCUUUGGAUAAAGCAGGAAGAAAUUUGGGAUUUGGACAAGGCUUAAUUCACCUGUUUAUGGAGUUAGGCAAUAAAUUUAAAAAUUUAAAUCUUAUUACUGUCCAUGCGAAGCCUUCAGUAAAAUUAGCUACCGAGUUAUAUAAAAAAAACGAUGAACCGCUGAAUCAAAAUGUGAAAAUUAAAAAACAGUACAACGGUGAUUUAUUCAUGCCUGGAUCAGAAGUGUUUAAUGCUAAAGAGACAAGUAUGUUAGUGCAAACUAAAGAUUCACAUAAAAACAGUUUUAUAAGAAACUAA